AUGUCGCAGGAGUUUGUCUCCAGGCUGCAGACCCUGAACGAAAGCCGGCGAACCCGGUUGUACUGCAGUCACGAAUAUCCCGACUUGGUUUCCGCCCGUCAGUCGGAUUCCAACCGAGCCUUCUUUUCUGAAGCUGAUGAAUCUCGGGGUAUCGCCUCAUCAAAUAUUUACGACUCUGGAAAGUCGAUCAGACGUCGAACGACGACAGUGACGAUGACGAAACAACAAAGAGGCGACAGGCAACUCAACCAGUCACACAGCAGAGAGUUCAUCAAGAGAAAGCCAGACAGUGACGAUGACGAAACAACAAAGAGGCGACAGGCAACUGUACCAACAAACUGGGUUAACCACUGCGUUUCGUCCGACACUAAGUAUGGUUCCCUCCUUCAGGCCCCGGGCUUCCAUAAAGACGAAAUGUCCGAAACCGUCAUCACGAUUCCUGGGGUUUCAUAUUCGAAAAAAUCGUUUCAGAAGCGAGUGAUACUAGAGCACAAAUACCAAGUGCCGGGGAAUCCGGAGUUCGCGUUUGCGCUCACGCACGCGAAUCCAGCUCGACCCGAAUUCCUGGGGAUCGCCGAAUUUUAUUUUUGCCUACUUUGCCACUUGGGACUGCUAGGAGGAAAUAGGACGGUCGGAAAAAUGCCAAGAUUCGCUCUCGUGGAAUAAUCAUCCUUCGCCCGCAAAAAAAAGGGUCUCGUUUCUUCAAAUGCCGAGUUUUGAGACGAAACAUUUUCCAAGAACUAAAAAUAGGGACGUGACACACACGGAAAAUACUGGCGAGCAGCGUCAAGACAAAACUGCAAAAAGCUAUCAUACGACGAAAUUCUUUCAUGCGGAAUUCGUUUUGAACUAAAUCAAGU